GUUGGCGGACUUCGGGCGGACUUCGGGCGCACUCGGCACAGUUUUUGUUGUACCGCUCGUAUUUCCGCCACUUGGAGUGCUGUUAGAGUGUCAUAACCUUCAGAUCUCUCACUGUUUUCACUCCACUUGACGAAAACAUCGGAAUGUCUUCUGAUUCAGGACGCAUUUCUGUGGUUCCUCGGCUACGCAGCUAGCUCGGCGAGAGCAACCGGAGGGGCCACAGGAUGCCUCGGAGGAAGAAGAACGGCCAGAGCCCGGCCAGAGUUCCCGGCGGGCCGUCAGAGGGAGGGAGCCUCGGCCACGGCACGGGCAGCCGACUACCUCAGGGAUUUGACGGCUCGAUGGUGAACAACUUCAUACCCAGCUCGUCGCUCUCCAGCUCAGGCAAGGAGGACAUCGUGAAAAGCAUGCAGGAGAUGUUCUCACACCUCGACCCUGAAGUGAUUUACAUCGUGCUGUCCGAGUGUGAUUUUAAAGUUGAAAAUGCAAUGGACUCUCUGUUGGAGCUGUCCGUGGCGGCUGAAGUGGCAGCACCCAUACCUUCUCCUGUCUCUGGCUUUGAGCUCACUGCUGCAGCCCUGCUCAGCCCGCGUCACCAGCCUACACCGGACACGUAUUCCUCCCAACGAUCACAGCUGAUCUCUUCUCCUCCCUUUCUGACAGAAGAGCUGGACUUGCUGGUCGAUCAGGAGCUAGAGACCCUAACCCUACAACAAGACAUUAGUGCGGAGCAUCAAAGCAGCCAGUAUUUAUCUUCUUUCCCUCAGCCAUCAUUCCCACAGCAGGACCUCCCGGAGCUGCUUCAGUCCAGCCUGCGGCCUGGAUCUAGAGGCUCCUCUGUCCAGCAGCAAGGCCCAGUGGGUGGCCAGGUGGAGAGUAUUCCUGGGGCUUCUUCUCCUCUUGACCGGCUCAGCACUUGGGAAGACAAGAUCCCUGAGGAGCCGAAGUCCAUGGUUAAUUUCACACAUCUGAUGACAGAGUCGUGUGCAGACGCGUCGAAACCUCCGUUGGACCUGGCGGCGUCAGGGCGCCCCUCAGCCUUUCAGGUGUAUAAAAAGCAAGACUCUUCACAGCCUUCCACAAACAUUGCCGGGGCCGCCGUUUCCUCUAAUACUGUUGUCGGUGGAGCUAGAUCUAAGGUGAACACAUUUAACCAGGAGCUGUUUGGCUACAUGCCAUCAUCCUGGAACCCAGAGGCGCCAGUGUUUUCUCCCCGUUUCCAUGAAAACCACAGGCCAACCUUCAUUACCCCGGUGGCUCAAGCGCCGCCCAGCUGGCCCAGCCUACCCAGAAAUCCCUCUCCCUGGAUGAGUCAGGGCCCUGCCAGUCAAGCACCUCUCAAACCCUCUGCAACCAUUCCAAAGUCCUGGGCCCUGCACGCAGCGUCUCAUCCUCCGGCCCAGCACAACAGGCUGCGUCUGGAGGGGAAGGUCCUUGUGCUGCUGCGUGGUGCUCCAGGGUCUGGCAAAUCAACCCUGGCGAGAGCCUUGGUUGAGAACAACCCUGGGGGAGUCACGCUGAGCACUGAUGAUUUUUUCACAAACCAUGGAAGAUAUCGGUUUGACCCCAGUGCCCUUGGGGAGGCCCAUGAGUGGAACCAUAAACGAGCCACGGUGGCGUUUGAAAGGUGCAUUAACCCCAUCAUCAUUGACAACACUAACAUGCAAGGCUGGGAGAUGAAACCCUACGUGGCUCAGGCACUGAAACAUGGAUACAAGGUGCUGUUUCGAGAGCCGGACACGUGGUGGAAGAACAAGCCUAGAGAGCUGGAGAGGCGUUCCAAACAUAGUGUGCCAUGGGAGAAAAUUCGACGCAUGCUUGACGGAUACGAGCGCUUCGUCUCAGUCCAGUCCAUCAUGGGUUCGCAGAUGCCUGACUGCAAAAAACAGCGCAACCUUCAGGAGAACGGAGAUUCACAGCCUGAAUCCUCUGAACAACCGUGUCCUGACCUGGUGGGGCAGUCUGAAUCGACUGGGGGUUAUAAGAAAUCCCACCCACAGCUGUUCUCUUCCCUCCCUGACAUUUCAUCGAUCACUCGCUCUACUGAGGUCGAGAGACUGGAAGACGCCGCCAACCAAUCUGCAGACAGGGAUGAUGAGAUGGAUUUGGGCGAGUUAGAUUCUGAGUUAGACGCCCGGUUAGAGCUGAGUCGUCCAGGUGAUCAGAGUAUCCCGGACUGUAUCGUGGAAUCAGUAAUGAACGAAGAUCACCGUGCGGAAGAAGUGCCUGUGGCUUUCUCUGAGUCUAUUGGACAACGAGUGAGGAGGGAGAGAACCAGCAGGAGGUCUGGUUUUGACAACUUAGAGCCGGCAGAUCUUUUGAAAGACACCAACCAAUCAGAUGGGGAGGCAAAGGAGACAGAGAAGACAGAAGAGGAGGGAGCAGAACGGGGUGAGGCAACAAUGGGAACGCAGGAGAUGUUGAAUUUUGUUGGAGACUGGCCCUCUGAAGGGUCUCUCCAGCAGCGCCAGGUCAGGAGAAGAGAGCGGCAGAAAGAAGGGAGUGAAAAGGACGAUGAGAUAAGGAAGCCAGGGCCCAAUGUGGCAGAGUUUCAGAAGCUUCUUGAUCUUAUUCAGACGGGGGUAGCUACUAUGCAGACCAGCUCGUGCUCGUCUUCUGUUUCCUCGAGCUCUGGAGAGGAAUCUGCAAAGAAGAAGAAGAAGAAGAAGGAGGAGGAGGAGGUGGUUAUGUUAGAGGAAUCCAGGAGCGUUAGGUCUAACAGUGAGGAGAGAGAAGACAAUAUGAACAGGGUUGACAGCAGCAGAGGUGAGUUACCUGACUGUGUGUUAGACUGGAAGGCAGCGGACUCCUGUAGGAUCAUGGAAUCAGGACUUUCCUCUAGAGCGAUUGAAAAUCUGUUAGAAAUCCGCGGAGAAACUGGGAUUGUGGAUUUACAAUUGUCUAACCAAACAAAUCCCCCCUCUGCUGAUUUACUGUUAAUCUCCGAAAAUGCAGAGGUGAGUGUCUCCAAAGACGACAAGGGGAGUCCAAAUGUCGAAGGUGACUUUGAUAUGGAGCCUAGUACCACAGAUGAUAGAAACCAGACUUACGCAGAGUCUAGAACUGAGGGUGAUGGAGGGCAUGUCAGCGAGGUGUCUCUGAGUCCUGUGUGCGAGGGCUCCGUGGAAACAGAAAGUAAUCCCCUGUGUGGAGGCAGUCAGGAGAGGAAGCAGCGCCAGGGUCGUAGAUCGGGUAAACAGUGUAAGCUAGCCCUGACUUUUACUCAGAACUGCCCUGCGUCCUCCCCUGAUACUCUGGAGGGGGCUGGAAGUACAAACAACAACAGUGUAAAUAUUCUGAAUGCAGAUGUUGAACCGAAGCUUGACCUGUUCACACUCUCCAAAUGUGAGGUACGUCUGCAGCCUCCCUCCCCGUCUCCUCCUGCGGUCGACACAGGCCGCCCAACACAGACGGAACCUCAAGACUUUGCCCGCCUGUGGCGUCUCAAUCGUCUAGACAGCCCGGUCGACGCAGGCGUCACUCUGCGCAGUGACAUCACAGUCCUCUUUGGGGAAUCUUCCCGCUUCGUGCCCGAGCUGUCUUCCGCCGUUUCUGCAGCGGUUGCAGUUCACCCGUCCGGCCACAAGGAGGUGCCCUAUCACGUGGCUCACGAGAAAGGUACACAGGUGGAAGAGAAAGAGUUCGGGGCCAUUCAAGACCGCCUCGAGAGCCUGCGCAUCCUCAGUCGCCAUUUCAAACUGGUUAGUUUUGAUACCUUGGAAGAUCUGUACGACAAAUGCCACCAGGACCUAGACUGGACCACCAACCUGUUGCUGGACUCUGGAGAGAGGUUCUUCAAAGAUGAGGAUGGCGAGAAAGAGAUGGAGGAGGAUGAAGAAGAGCAGGACCCAUCGGGUUUGUGUGCGGCUGUAGGUGAAGCUGUAGAAACGAGGUUAUGUGAUAGUGUGUUGGACGAGCUUCCCACUGAAGAUUUUCCGGCAGCUGUUGAGAAAGGGAGCGAGCAGAUAACCUAUAGCGCAGUUCAAAAGUCAGAUGUGAGCUCCAGUGAUGAUAAUGUCCUUGGUUUUGGGGGUGCAGCUGUUCCAGUUCCAAACGCGGAUCAUUCGCACACAGCGUCGGAAAGAUUCCCUGAAACAGAACGUGAUCCACCUCGUGCACUGAACACAGGAGAGGCCGCAUCAGAUGUGGACCUCCAAGGCGCUGCUUGGGGCGUUAGCUUUGACAACGGCGUCAUAAUUGAGGAGUCGAGAGUCGAGAUCGAGGAAGAGAUCGCCAGCAUGGACGAGGCCCACCGGCUGCUGCAGGCCGAGCUCGCAGAGAUGGAGAGAGAGGGAAAACAGAAGGAGAAGAAUGAGAGGAGGAGCCAUCACCUGAACAUUCAGAGCGUGGAGCUGAAACUGUCCACUGAGGUGGCUCUACAGCUUACUGAGCUGUUUGGUCCUGUUGGAGUAGAUCCAGGUACGUGCUCCUCUGAUGACUAUGCAGUGCAGAUGGACCUGAACCUGGCCAAGCUGCUCCACCAGAAGUGGAAGGAAACCAUUCAGGAAAAGCAGAGGCAAGCAACUCUGUCCUUUCACCUGCUUCAGGAGAGUUCAGUACACUGGGGUGAGUCACAGGAGGUCAAACCAGGACCGCGAGACCCGACACAGCAAGCUCGUUUCCUGAUCAGUGCAGAUGGUUACACGACGGCGGACGGCCAACCAGAGAGCCGGAAUCACAUCCCGUUCAUGGACCACUGGAGUGUGUCCCGCCCACACGUCUCUCUCAGAGAAAUCAUAAAAGAGCAGCAGGCCCUGCAGGAGAACGUGGAAAAGACCAGAGAGAGUCGUGCUGACCUCGACCGGCGGGACGGAGCCACCCUCAUGAAAGAAAACCAACUGUUCUCCCUUUUCCCCACUAUAGACCGGCACUUUCUCCAAGACAUCUUCAGAAACCACAAUUACAGCCUGACGGAGACGGAGCUGUUUCUUCGCUCUCUGCUGGGCGAGGAGCCCGUCAAGACAGUGGUCGCUCCAGAGGCACCUCGGUCUGACCACCACAGAGCAGCCAGCAAGGAGAGAGAGAAGAAGCAGAAGCCUUUGGACUCCGCUGUUCUAGACUAUCAGGAUACAGAGGAUCCAGAGUAUGUGGACUUCAGGGCCGAGGCCAGCCUGCAGAGAGGCCGGCAGCUUGAGAGUUUCGCUAAAGCUGCUGAGGCCUUCAAACAAGGAAAUAAAGACGUGGCUUCGUUUUAUGCACAGCAGGGACACAUGCACGGCAAGCGGAUGCGUGAGGCCAAUGAUCGUGCGGCAGUUCAGAUCUUUGAGAGGGUCAACUCAUCACUGCUGCCAAGGAACAUCCUGGACCUACACGGCCUGCACGUCGAUGAGGCCCUGGAGCAUCUGGGCCAGGUCUUAGAGGACAAGAGCACAGAGUGUGAGCAGGGUCUGUGUCAACCCCAGCUCUCUAUCAUCACAGGAAGAGGAAACCACAGCCAGGGGGGCGUGGCCCGCAUCCGUCCCGCCGUUAUAGACUACCUCACCAACAAACACUACAGGUUCACUGAGCCCAACACAGGUACUGUGUUAGUCUCUUUGAAAUGAGAAGAACCUGGUUUAUUGGAUUCAAGCUGCUGCUGCUGCGGAGGACAACACACGUACAAACAUCUCUCUCUCUCUCUCUCUCUCUCUCUCUCUCUCUCUCUCUCUCUCUCUCUCUCUCACUACAUAUUUAAUCAGUUUACACAGUAUAGUACACUCUCAACCUUGUCAGUCUGUUUUUGGGGCUUUUUGUUUGCUCAUCCCGCCUCUCUUACAUUUCUAAAUCAGUCAUAACUUCAUGAAACACAGCUUUACAUGAUGUUUUUAUUCAUCUAUAAAGCUUGAAUAAAUGAACAUUUUAACUUUGAAAACAUUUUAAACUGGGGAUUUGGAUUGACGUUUAUCUUUGUGCCUUUUAAAAAAUAAUGAGAAGUCUUCCUCUUUUUCAAGGGCUCCAUGUCUGAUGAGUUUAUAUUUAUAUGAAAAUUCAACCAUUUACCUUUUUAGAGUCUGGUUGGAAACAUAAUGGAUGGAUUUUAAGAAUCUUUAAUUCAAUCAUGACGCCACGCUGUCUACCAGGAAGUUGUUUGCACGUUUUUGUAGGACCCGUUUUUUAAGCAUUUUGUUUAAAAAUGAGCGUACAUUUAAAGCAUGCUGUCUAUUCAGGGAUUGUUGUGUGAUAAGGAGUCACCAAACCAAGAGCUUAGAAGUCGCCUUGGCUCAGUGUUGUCAUGGUAAUGAGUGUUUUUGAUCACCAGAAGGUGAACCUUUAUCUCUUCAGGUGAUCAAAAACCCCAUUAAAUAGUUUGAUCAACUUUUGCUUUGGCAGCAUGAAAGUCUACUUUGUCUUAGUAUCUUCCUCUAUUUUUUCAGUUUGAUGCCAAACUUAAGUAUUGCUGCAUAUAUAUAUAUAUCGAUAUUCAAACUCAGGUUUCUCAUUCUUUCAAGGCGAGCCUUCUCCGGGUAACUUUUUAACCCCUCACUCCUAGUUUUGUAACUUUUUUUUUAUUACUCAGGACGCUGCAAUAGCUUCGUAGGUUUGUAGCAGCUUCUGUUUCUUUAUCUCUGGGAUAUUUUUCACAGACGUCGGGCCACCUUAUUCAAAGAUUUUAUUGACUGUACAUAAUGUUGUGAACACCUGAUCUGUAAAGAGAAAAUUGUAUUUUUGUAUCCAUUUGUUCAGCUGUUAAACAGAGACUCUUGUAUUGUGGAAUAAAAUGACAAAUGUUUUAACGUUUCAAACUCG